UUUUUUUUUUUUUUCAUUAGUUUUGUGUUGCCUGUGCGUCGAAGUUCGGGUUAGCGAGAGGAGCGUUGGAUCGAUCGGAGUGACGUCCAUGGCAAUGUAGGGAAGGUUGCCAUGGCGGAUGCAGUGCAGGCAAGGUAUUGCAGAAAUAUAAUAAUCUGGCGGGAGGGAAUUUGGUGCUUGGAGCGCUGGGAAACAUAGUUGAAGGCCACUGGUUCGUGUUCCAGUGUUGACGUUCGAUGAAGUCGAUGUUUUGAGGAUUCGAAGGGUAAUACAUUGGCGAUCUGCGGGAGGUGAGUGUUUUGUGAGGGUUGGAGUUGAGGCAAGGAGAGAAGGAAGGAAGGCAGGAAGGGAGAACAGUUUUGUGAGGAGGAGAGAGAUGGGGCAAUCGAAAGCAAUGGCGGGGGUGUAUAUCGCCUGUGCAGCUGCGGCGUGCGCUGCUGCAGCUGUGGUGUUGACGCAGCGAGUGAAAGUCCGAUCGCAAAAGUACACAGCGCGGAAAAUUUUAGUGGAGUUUCAGGAGGCUUGUGAGACGCCUCUGCCGCGGUUGAGGCAGGUUGUGGAUGCUAUGGCAGUCGAGAUGCAUGCUGGUCUUGUUUCGGAAGGUGGUAGCAAGCUUAAGAUGCUGCCUACAUUUAUUGACCACUUGCCAGACGGGAAUGAGAAAGGCCUUUAUUAUGCUGUGGAUUUGGGUGGCACAAACUUCCGGGUGCUCCGUACCCAAUUGGGUGGGCUGGAGGGUAGAGUAAUUAAACAAGAAUAUGAGGAGGUUGCCAUUCCUCCUGAGCUGAUGCUUGGAACAAGCGAACAAUUGUUUGAUUUUAUUGCCAAGGAGUUGGUUAGCUUUGUGGCAAGAGAAGGUGAGGAUUUUAGAUUGCACGAAGGUCAGUCACGGGAGAUAGGGUUCACCUUUUCCUUUCCCUGUAAGCAAACCGCUGUGAACUCUGGUACUCUCUUGCAGUGGACCAAGGGCUUUAAAGUCAACGAUGCAAUCGGCCAGGAUGUGGUUGCAGCUCUACAAGGGAGCAUUGAACGGCGAGGGUACAAGAUGAGGAUUGCUGCUUUGGUUAACGACACGGUAGGAACUCUAGCUGGUGGUCGCUAUUGGAAUAACGACGUCAUGAUAGCUGUUAUUUUGGGUACUGGCACCAACGCCUGCUAUGUGGAGCGAGCUGAAUCUAUAUCGAAGUGGGGUGGCGAGCUUCCGAAGUCUGGCCAGAUGGUGAUCAAUAUGGAGUGGGGAAAUUUUUGGUCGUCACAUUUGCCUCGGACCUACGUGGACGAGCUAUUGGAUAACGAGAGUCUGAAUCCAGGAGAAUACGGCUUCGAGAAAAUGAUUUCGGGAAUGUAUUUGGGUGAUUGUGUGAGGCGUGUACUUGUUAGAAUGGCUCAGCAAGCUGGCAUCUUCGGUCCCCAUGUUCCACACAAGCUCUUGGAAGCCUUCACACUUCAAACACCAGAUAUGUCGAAAAUGCAUCAUGAUGACAGUAGUGACCUCAAAAUGGUUGCAGAAGUUCUGAAGACAGUAUAUGGGAUCCAUAACACAACACUGGGGAUUCGCAAAAUUGUACUUGCUGUUUGCGAUAUUGUGUGCCAGCGAGGGGCCAGAUUAGCAGCUGCUGGUAUUGUGGGAAUAUUAAAGAAAAUUGGAAGGGAUGGAAGUACAGCAAAUGGUUUUAUCAGGCGAAAUGACGUGAAUGGUAUUCACGAUGAGCUCACCGUGAAUUCCAUUGGGGGAAGCGGGAAAACCGUCGUGGCUAUGGACGGUGGUUUGUAUGAGCACUACAGUAAGUUCCGGAACUACAUGCAACAAGCUGUACGUGAACUCCUAGGGGACGCAGCCAAAAACGUCUUCAUAGAGCUUUCGAAGGAUGGCUCAGGCAUUGGAGCAGCCAUUCUUGCUGCAUCACAUGCCGAGUAUGUACCAACCUAAUAUCAACCCGAUACCGCUUAAAUUAAUAACAUUUAAUUAUGGAACCCAAGGCCUUGUUGAUUAAAACCCUUUAGUUCUUAUCGUUAGGACUGUACUCUACUUAUGCUUCUGGGAGGUACGGCUUUGCUUCUUUUGGAGUAGAGGGUUUUUGGGGCUCGUUUUGUCUCCUGUAUAAAGUCUCUUAUUUUAACCAUUAGAUCUUUUCAGCUGAUAGUUUGGAGAAUGACACAGGGCAGUUGUUUUUCUAUUAGCUAAGUAUUAUUUGAGUACUUUGAGCAAGUAUUCAACCCCAUUCCUUGUGUACGACAUCACGUUGAGGCUUCAGUGAUGCUUUAGAUCCGGUCGAUGGUAGUGUGGUACCAGUCAACCUCCGAUAGCCGAGGUUGAAGGUUGUCAGCAGAAAUGUUUUGCAGUUUUUUAACUGCUGCUGGCCAGUCUUGUGAUUUGUUGCAAAAUGGCCAUGGGGUAUACCGGUUCUUCUUUGUCUAAUUCAUAACCAUUUUGGGUUGUCUAUUUCUUCAGA